CAGAAAGACUUCCACUAUGAGUUCACAGAGUGUGACAGCUACGGGGGUCGAUGGAGGGUGUCGGUACCUACACCUAAAAAGUGUGUAGGUGGAGCACCAAAUCCACCUACUAGAGUGAAUGACUGUUUGACAGCAUGUGAAGCAGGCACUUACUAUAACCGGACUCAUCUCGAGUGUCUGCCCUGCCCAACAGGGACGUACUCACUUGGUGGGGGAGUGAAGUUUGACUCAUGGGAGAAACUUCCACAGGGUUUUCAUGUAUCUGUUGAAACAUUUGAAAGUAGUUUUCACUUCUUUGGCCAAAACGUGGACAAUACUCAUAUUAACUGCUCAGACAAUGCCUGGGUACCUAUGGGCAACUUUAUUAUAUCACAUGGUGGACCCUGUGCCAGCACACUAUCCUACUCUGUUAAACUUGUGAAGCCUGGCAUUCUCUCAUACACUUAUGAAUAUGCUGAUGAUGAUGUUAUCUUUAACUUUGAGGCCCAGAAUGAUCAAUGUCAGUCAAUAAGUGAAGUUGAUAAGUACAAGUGGCCUUCACAGUCUGGAGAAGGACAGUGGAAAACAGUCACUGUUGAAUUGAAAGCUGGUCUAAAUGUCCUGUAUUGGAAGACUGUUGGGAUGGGGAUGAUGUCUAGUAAUGAUAGGAAACAUAAGCCUGUGAGGAUAAAGGCCAUUACUAUUACAGGGGUUGCUUAUGCCUCUGAGUGUACCCCCUGUGAGGCUGGAACUUAUAGCAGCAAAGGCUCAAAGCUUUGCACACCCUGUAAAGAAAACACUUAUUCAGAAAGAGGGGCUGGAUCUUGUUCACCAUGUGACACUGUCAUCCAGUUUGCCCCCAAAGGUUCAACUAAAUGUGUGGAUCGUCCUCCAUGUACAAAAUUUGAUUACUAUGAGAUAAAAACACCUUGUGACAAAAAGAAGCAAACUGAGCUUCGUUACGAGUGGGUCAAACCCAGGAUCUGUAGAGAUGAUCUGAAGGGUGCUGCCAAGCUUCCAGUCUCGGGUACAAAAAUGGACUGUCCACCCUGUAAUCCAGGCAUGGAGUAUUCCAACAAUUCAAUGUGUGCUUUCUGCCCUAAAGAUCACUUUUCUGAUGGUUAUUCAGCUUGUGAACCUUGUCCUGCAUCAACAGUACCCAAUUAUGGCCUUUCUUUCAAGUGGUGGCAUGAAUUACCCCCAGGCAUGUCUGAAAGAUGUAUGACCUUGGAAGAAGGAGGAUGCCACAAAAUGGCAGCUUGGCAGCCAGAGGGAAACUUCAUUCGUAGCAACUUUGGACAUAGAGAGGAUGCUUAUCUUAUACUUUCUCUGGAGGUUCCAGGCUUUAGGACUAAAGAACGAAUAGCCAAUGGUCAAGCUAUAGAGAUAGGAAGAGUCAGUUUUACAUUUGAAUUGGAUUGUGAGAAAGACUGUGAAUUUGUGUUCAUGCAGAGUACAGUACAAAGAGGUGUUUCAGCUAUAGAGACUUGGUCUGGUAAACAGAAGAAACAACAUUAUAGUUAUAAAGUGACACAAGAUGGCCCUUACACCUUUAGUUGGGCAUUUCAGAAGUAUGGGAGUGACAGCUUGUGGAAAGAUACUGAUACGAUACAUAAAGUAGACGACAAGGCCCUAAUCUACGACAUAUCAGUUACUAACAGCAAAAGUGGUGGGGCUGCGGAGUGCCUUCCUUGUCCUGAAGGUACUGAAGCAACUGGAUGUAUUCCUUGUCCACCAGGUCAUUAUAUCAAAAGCAGAGACACACUGGAAUGUUCUCCGUGCCCCCCAAAUACCUACGUGUCAGACCCAUUACCAUAUGGAAGGAAGUCCUGUAAACGUUGUGGCCCUGGACUUAGAUCAGAAAAUUCAGAGAGCUGCUACAGUGAUUGUCAUGUUUUCCUUGCUGAUGGACAGGAGUUUGAUUUCUCUGUGUUACCCAUGUAA